GUAUGAUUUAGAUCGUAUUAUAAUCAAAAACUUUCUUGGAAGAGUUGGAAGCAAAAAUUGUCAUAUGUGAUCGGAAAUCAUGGAUAUUUCUGGUAAAGUUGCUAUAGUCACUGGUGGUGCUCAGGGAAUUGGACGUGCUGUCACCGAAUGUUUACUGAAGAAAGGGGCCAGGGGUGUUACAAUUGCUGAUGUGCAUGAGCAGAAAGGUCAAGAAACUGUCAAUGAGUUCAGCCAGCAAUACGACAAUGAAAGAGUCACGUUUAUGUAUGCUGAUGUCACUUUGAAGUCACAAAUGGAAGAUGUUUUCAGGAAAACAAAGACAACAUUUGGUAGAGUGGAUAUUUUCAUCUGCAAUGCUGGUAUUUGCAACGAAUAUGAAUGGGAGAGAAUGGUAGAUAUUAAUUUCACUUCUACAAUCAGAAACACAUAUCUUGCUGUGGAAUAUAUGGGGACAAAGAAUGGAGGAAAUGGUGGAGUUAUAAUAAUCAAUUCUUCUACUGCAGGCUUGACACAGUUUCCUGUUUUGCCAGUGUAUUCAGCCGCCAAGAGUGGUUUGGUCGGAUUUGCAAGAAGUGUGGCGGUAAGGCAAAUCAUAGAUACCAAAUGUAGUGUUCGUAUAGGAAUACUAGCGGGAUACAGUAGUCUUUUCAGUUCAAUAGGAUUCCUAUUGGACAUUUACGUAUAUGAACAUUUAACAUGCCAGUAA